AGACACGCCUCCACUGACAGUCGUGUGAUAAGUUUUCACCCCGAAAUCUUUUUUGCUCCUCUAAAAUGGGUAAAAUCGUAGCCAUAUCUCUGUUCGUGGCAGCUUCUGCUGCUUUAAUAGGCCAAAGAAUCGUCAACCUAAGGAAUAUGACUUUAGCUACCAGAAAACUGGAGAGAAACCACCUGCCCAACUGUGUCGCACUAAAGAAUCUGGACACGGGCUCGGAGGACAUCACCAUCCUGGAGAACGGACUCGCCUUCAUCAGCAGUGGAUUGAAGUAUCCUGGGUUCCCCUCAUCCGAUGGCCCUGGGAAAAUCUUCACCCUGGAUUUGCAGGAUUCCCGACUGAAACCUGUGGAGCUGCGGAUGCCAAGAAACUUUGACCUGGACUCGUUUAACCCCCAUGGUAUCAGUGUGUACACGGACCCCAGUGACGAUGCUGUUUACCUGUUCGUCGUGAACCAUCCUGAGCUGGGGAGUCAGGUGGAGCUCUUCAAAUACUUGGAGGACGAUUCCUCGCUGGUGCACCUGAAGACCAUCAAGCACCAGCUUCUCCACAGCGUGAACGACAUUGUUGCUGUGGGAGUGGAUAGUUUCUACGCCACCAACGACCACUACUUCGCCUGUACGCAUCUUAAAGGGAUUCUAGAGCCUUUGCUGGGCCAGCCGUGGGGCAACGUCGUGUACUACAGCCCAGAGAAGGUGCAGGUGGUGUCAGAGGGCUACUACUUUGCCAACGGGAUCAACAUCUCCCCUGACAAACGGCACGUUUAUGUAGCGGAUACAUUGGGGCAAGGCGUGCGUCUGUUGGAGCGCAAUGAGGACAACACUUUGAACUCUGUGAAGUCACUGGCCUUGGGCACUCUCCCGGACAAUGUUGAAGUGGACCCUGAUACCGGGGACCUCUGGAUAGGCUGCCACCCUAAUGCUUGGAAACUUUUCGCGUACAACCCCCAGGAUUCACCCGGAUCAGAGGUGAUCCGCAUCCAGAACUUCCACUCUGAGAACCCAGCGGUGACGCAGGUGUACGCCGACGAUGGCGGCCAGCUCAUCGGCUCCUCCGUGGCUGCUCCCUAUGCAGGGAAGCUACUGAUCGGCUCGGUGUUCCAGAAAGCAUUGCACUGCGACCUGGAGUAAGAACCACAAGAUCCAGACUCCAAGUUAAACACUGUUCCGGAAUAAAAGGGUUUGGUCAACCUUUACAAAUAUCUCAAGACAUCUGAUGUGUUUUUAAAUUCCCGCCACUUCUUGUUUCUUCAUGUUUCGGAUGUGAAUCAUUUAUUUUGGGGAGAAAACACUUUUGUUCUCGCAUUUAAAAAGAGGAUCAAAGGUUCUGCUAUGAUGAUGAAUAGUUCUCUUGUAUUAACGUUGUGUGUGUGGUCUUGUUUUGGAUUAAACUGUUUUGGUUGAAUGCGACUGUUUUAAUCCAGAAUAAAAGGUGGACAGUU